AUAACUUGAGCAGGCGGCUGCGCGUUGUGACUGCGGGGCGUGGCACAGCCCGAUUGGACGCUCUUACACCCGCAGCCGCUCGCCUUUCUCGAACCAUGGUCCCUCAAAGGUGUGGGGAAUCAUCCUGCUGUCCACCUCGACACCUCUCCGUCUUUAGUAGCGCACGACCUCCGGAACUCGAGUCUCGCUGGAACUGGGACAUACUCGAGGUACAUAGGCCGAGAUACUAGUCGGACUGGCUGUCAUGAAGGGCUCUUCCACUCCUGCGGACCCCGCAUCCCUCUGCGAAUCCUUCCUGGAAUGCGUGGAGGCCUUCAAGAAACUCAUCCUGGCUCUCAACAGAGAGGACUGCCGCGUCAUACAUCUCGAACAGGUCAGUCUCACAGAAAUUCUCGAGCACUACGGAAGGGUCAAGCUUUGGGGUCACCAGUCGAAAGCAGAUCUCCCAGCAGGAGCUCGCGGCUCUCUGGACGAUGUUAUGCGGCACGAUGACGAUCUCAAGGAACUCACCCGGGGCUUCUUCAUGCGAAUGAGGGGACACCUGGCCGAAGCCAUGCUUAUCGCUGAGAAGAAACACGAUCCUGAAGCUGGGUCUGACUACGAUUCGGUCAGCAGCGUUAGUUCGGACGCUGAUUCCGAUUCGGGCGCCGGCGAAGGCGUGAGUCGUAGUACGCCGAGGAUCUGUUUUUUGGUUCGGGGGAUAGCGGGCGUGAUUCGAUCACUGUACGAUCUAUCAUCCUUGCUCCGACGGCCAAAGAUCACAGAAAAAUACGUCCGCUCCGUCAACUCGAAGCUCGAUAAGCUUACAUCGAGAGAUUCGGACACCUUGCCACUCAGUGUCGGUUUCCGUGCUUCUGACGAGGACCACGUUAUUGAGAAAGUGCUACAAUGGCGAGGUCUGACGAAAGCCGAGAAGAGAUUCGAUUUUGAAGAGGAAGAGGCCGCGCCUACUGAGAAUGCACCGAUAAGUGACGGUGUGGAAGACAUCCUGUGGUUCUGUCAACGGCUUGCGAGAGCGAAUACGAGGCGACGCGAGCAGCUCCAGUACUGGGCCGCACAUCCCUAUGACGCUUCCAAAGACCUGGCGCAGGCUCCUGUCGAACAAGUCAGAGAAGCGCAAGAAUCGCGAAGCCAAACGUCAACCCUCAAGCCGCCAGACCCAAAUCUUCCGCGUCCGGGGCCAAGGUCUGCAGUGUCAAAGCAGAGCUUCUCCACCGCCCCAGUCUCACUUAUUCACGACACGAAAACAAACGUUCGACCGAGGACGGUAUACUCCCCCACAGCGGUCGGAAAGAGCCGUUCCAAUUCUGUCCCUGAUCCUCCGAAGGCCAGUAAUGACUCGGGCACUUUUCCCUGCCCGUACUGUGGGAUGCCGCUCGAGUAUAAAGAAAUGGAGAACAGGCAAACGUGGCAGCGCCAUGUCUUCCACGACCUCCGCCCCUACGUCUGCACUUUCGAAGACUGCCAGAACGCCGGGAAGCUGUACGUCAGUCGCCACGACUGGAUGUAUCAUGAACUGCAGGUCCAUCGGCGUGAAUAUGUCUGCAAGGAGUGCGAUAAGAAGUUUCAGAAAAGACAGGAAGCAUCGGAACAUCACAGAGAACAUUAUGGCGAGUCGAUCCCAGCGCCCCGGCUUAACGUCAUCGUGGAUCUCUCCGAACGGCAAGCCGAUAUCUCACUUGGUGAGAAAGAGCCGUGUAUUAUUUGUGGAGAAGAGCUCUCGCCUAUGGCAUUGCAAGGCCAUGUUGCGAGUCACAUGGAGGAUGUGGCCCUUUUUGUCCUACCUAACAGCGAUGAAGACAAGGAGGCUGGAGGCUCGGAAGCCUCGGUGCAGGUAGCGAAACUCGAAUCUAGGGGCAACACCACCGAUCUGACCGCAGAUUCCGGGAGCCUCGGAUUUUCUGCAGCUGGAGACAACGAACCAAAUCCCCUCGACUUUGCUAGGAUCCUAGUAGAUGACGAGAUGGGAUAUGCCUCCAAGAUUUCGUCUUGGGAAGCGAAGAAAGACCAAUCGCCGAUCUCGAAUGCUCGGUGUAUGACCGUGGAGGUUGACUAUUUGAACAGAGAAACAUCUAGCGGCAUUAGCAGUGACCGUGAUUAUCAAGUCCCCGGCUCGCCGCCCUUCGAGGUACUCGACCGCCACAUCAAGCCUGAGCGCGACUACCGCUACCCGCCCCCGCCGCAGGCCCCCUCCUACGACCCCGCAACCCUGUACCCAGAGCCCACCUACGGCCGCUCCUCGCCCUCUGCCCCCGUGGACGAGCGCCCUUCUAACCUCUCGUCCGCACCCGCCGUCUCCUCCGCCGUGGGCUUGCCGCAGUCUAACCACGACCAGCUGGCUCAAUUCCCCGGCUGGGCGGCGCCCCAGACCAUGAACGUAUCGCCCAACAUCGUGGGCCACGCCGAGUACCUAGGCGCCACCGAGUACGGCACGGCCUUCCCCGGCAUGGAGGAGUACGGUGCGUUUGACUUCGGCGGCGGGAAGCCGCCCCGCUUCGUGGGUGAGUUGGAGAGCGUCUCUACUCGUGUGCCUGUUUUCCCUCAGCGUGCUUCCCUCUCGUCGGCUUCCGGGGUCCUCUUCUUGUCGCCAUCCACACCCAACGCUUCUCAUUCCCCGCCCCUCACCUCCGCGGCGGAGUGGGACGUCUCGCCCCAGACGCCACAGAGCUUCUCAAAGGGCUUUGUCCCUCAAAACGGCACCAGCUUUGCGGCGCCCCUACAAUCUUCUUGUUCGCUUUCUUUAAGUCGAGCUGUCACCUCCAGUCUACCAAAAGCCCCAGAAACAAGACUAACAGGGCCAACAGACACCUCCCUCAUCCACCCCGACAUCAGCCGCCCAGUUCCGACCCCCUUCGACAACGGCUUCCAGCCGCAGCUCUUCAACCCCUACCCAGCUCCCCUUGAUGCCUCCUCGCGGCGGCCCAGUCACCCCUUCGAGGCCUCCCCCUCCUAUGGCGACGCCGCGACGGCCUUCAGCGGCGAUGAGGCAAAGGAGAAGUCGCGCUGUCCUUACCCGGACUGCGGCAAGUCGUUCAAGGACCUCAAGGCCCACAUGCUCACGCACCAGACCGGGCGCCCCGAGAAGUGCCCCAUCGCCACGUGCGAGUACCACGUCAAGGGCUUCGCGCGCGAGUACGACCGCAAACGCCACACCCUGACGCACUACAAGGGCACCAUGGUCUGCGGUUUCUGCCCCGGUUCCUUGUCGGCGGCCGAGAAGAGCUACAACCGUGCGGACGUGUUUAAGCGCCACCUAACGGCCGUACACGGCGUCGACCUGACACCGCCCAACAGCCGCAAGGAGCCGCCCGCGGGCAUCCGCAAGAGGCUGCCGGGUAGGUACGCUGCCGACGCGACUGGAAAGUGCAGCAUCUGCUCGCAGACCUUCGCUAACGCGCAGGGCUUCUACGAGCAUCUUGACGACUGUGUGCUGCGCAUCGUGCUGCAGGAGGACCCCGCCGAGGCAAUCAACGCGCGGAACCUCAGCAGUAUGGAGAACGAUAUUGAUGUGCGGCGCACACUGGAGAAGAACAACGUGGCCGAGGACGACAUUAUGCUCUCUACGGAACACGAGGUGCGCGUGACCCUUGGUGACGACGGCGCGUACGUUGGCGGGAGCAAAGAGGAGAAGGGGGCGUCGGUGUCGGAUGACCCCACGGAGGAGGAAGUGCGAGCCAUGCGGGAGACGUUAGAGAAGGAUGCGUGAAAUGUUUUUUUUUUGGUUGAGUGCUUUGGUGUGAAGGCACCCCCUUUUUUUUCUUUUCUAUCUCUACUUUCUGGAUGAGAAGGGGUUUAGGAUUACACGUGGCUAUCGAACUAAGGGAAGCUCAGCAAUUCGAUAAAAGAGAUAUCAAGGAGCUGAAGGGGCUAAAAUCGGGGCUUGAAGAGGGCUUGAGGAGCGUUGACCGUGGGACCUUAUCGAGCCUCAUGAGAUGAUAUGAGGAAUAGGGCCGGGAUUGGGGCUGCGUCCCUGUCCUUCUGUACGCGAUGCGGCUGCUGGAGGGUUAUCUCCCAGUUCCGCCUCAAUCCUAAAGGCGUUCCCGAGUCCGUACAAGACCU